AUGGCAGCUCUCGAGAAAUCAGAUGCGAAGAUCGCAGCUUCGGUUCUGCCAACAUCAUCGUUUGAGGUCCAUAGCACACCGGACACACAAGAAGAGAGGCGUUCACUACGACACCGCUUCCGAGAGGUCAUCUGGGAUAGCUGGGAUAGAUCACCCGAGGAACGAAAGUUCGUCUCAAAGAUUGAUUUCUUCAUCUUGACAUGGGCAGGUUUUACUUACUUCUCGAAGAAUCUCAACCAGAACAACCUCUCCAACGCAUAUGUGUCUGGGAUGAAAGAAGAGAUCAAUGUAGUCGGUAACCAGUACCAGACAUUCACCACUAUGUGGACAAUUGGUUAUGUGAUUUCUCAAAUCCCAAGUCAGAUGAUUACCACACGCGUCAGGCUCUCUUGGUGGUGUCCAUCCUGGGAGCUGUUUUGGGUCAUCGUCACCUUCGCGACUGCCGCUGUCAAGACGCCCCACCAAGUUUACGCAUGUCGAUUCCUCGUUGGCUUUGCGGAAGGAACGUUUUAUCCGGCAGUGCAUACUGUGCUCGGAGGCUGGUACACGAAGCAGGAGCUAGCCAAGCGAGCAUGCAUAUUUUUUGCUUCCGCGUUCGUCGGCUCGAUGUUCUCAGGUUAUCUCCAAGCCGCACUUUAUACGGGGAUGGAUGGAGUUCAUGGUCUCUCUGGCUGGCGUUGGCUGUUCAUUUUCGACGGCGUGAUCACGUUCCCAAUGGCGCUUUGGGGAUACUAUGCCUUGCCGGACUUACCAAGUAAUACCAGGGUAAAUUGGCUGACACCUGCUGAGAAAGAGCUUGCCCUAUUGCGGAUGAAAAAUGCCGGGAAACAGCUCGAUGAACCGAUUACUUGGGUUGGUGUUGCAAGAGUCCUCAAGAAGUGGCACUUCUGGGUGUAUACCGCCUAUUACACCUUCUUCAUCUGCAGUGAGAACAUCGGAGGGUACAUGAACCUCUGGUUAAAAAGCCUUGAUCGCACAGCAGCUGACACUUCUCGUAGUUACUCUGUCCCACCGAUCAACACAUACCCGACUGUAACUAAUGCCGUAACCAUAGUGACAACACUAUGUUAUGGUUGGGUCAGCGAUGGCAUAGGCUUGCGAUCUCCUAUCGUGUACUUCUCGCUCACGGUCUGCUUUUUCGCUGCCAUGAAUCUAGCAGUAUGGGACGGUGUGCCAUUCGGACUUAAAUGGGCGUCCUUCUACCUGACGGGCUUUGCCCAAGGCUCAGGGCCAGUCUUCCUCACAAUGGUGAACGAGAUCUGCGCGGGCGACAGUCUCGAGCGAAAGCUCAUCCUCGGGUCGACGAAUUCCAUCGCAUAUGCUUUUAAUGCUUGGAUACCUCUGAUAACAUACGACACCAACUAUGCGCCCAGAUUUUUGAUUGGUAAUUCUGUUACGGUCGGAUUGAUUGUGUGUGCGGCUUGUACAUUGAGUCUCGCUCUCUACCUGCAGAGACGUGAUGCUGCAAGAAGCAAGAGGGCGAUGGUGUAG